CAAUGUGUUUUCUACUGUGGACCGCUUUGUUUAUCUUUUACACACACAGCAUCCGGAGGGAAACGAUAAGAAGGUGCGCAAGAGCAAACGUUAAUCAAUCUGACCGGAGAACGUUCCUUUUGCGGGCAGUGGACGUUGUGGCGUGCUACGUUCAAGUUUCCCUUACGGAAUAAUCAAUAAAAUCUUAAGCUUCAGGCACCGGUAAAUAUUAGCUCAAGUAACUGAUCUUGCCAAGAUGUCGAUCGCCGUGCGUUGGGCAAAGCGUCGCGUAUUCGUCGCGGUAACGAUCGUGAUCGUUCUGUAUUACUUCCUGUCCUCAUCUUACCAAAAGUACCACAUCAGCACCAUUAUCCCAAAUACAAAACCGGAAGACGUGUGGGAGUUUGUAGCCGACUUUAGUCGGAUGAAAAAACUAAAUCCAACCAUAUUAAACUUUCGUGUGCUAGCCGAGCAAGGGAACUUUGAGCACUGGAGGUAUACGGUCGAGUACGACGAACGGUUAUCACACUGGCCGCACACGUUUAACACAGCCAUCGGACAUUACUCCGUGCGCAAACGGACAGAAUCGGAAGGUGGACAAUAUUCGGUUGCUUCCACACAUCGAACGUGCUUUCUGUUGGGUUUGUUUUGCGUAAACUCAAAAGGUGAGUUUAAGAUGUCACGCGUCCACCAGGAGGAUACAUACUGUGAGGAAACGGUGCAAUACCAGUGUCCGUUCUUCUUCGGUCGAUUCUGUCGGCGAGAGGUCGAAUUUCAACGACAAGCCAUUAUGGAGAACUUGAAGCAACAGUUUAAGCCGAAAGUGUUCGGACAUUAAUUGCAUUUAAAAAUAUUACACAAUAAAAGCGAGAGUGUGAGAAGUAGUACUAUUUGUAGCGUAAA